UCAAGACUCGUUCUUUAUAGACUUGAAACUGUAUCAUGUGGUUUAGAUUUUUAUUUAUUUAUUAUUUAUUUUUAAGAUUUGAAUUGAUAUAUGAUAUUAGGGUUUUCCUUUUUUGUUAAUGUUACGAUCUUUGAUUUGAAUAUUUAAGUUUGAAUUCGGUUCUCGAUGGUAACUUUAGGGGAGAUUUUGAUACUUUAUUAGGAUUGUAUAAUUUUGAGGUAUUUAGGUUUAAUUGUUAGGGUAACUGAAUUUUCAAUUGUUUUGGGUCUGAGAGAUUUUGUGGUUGAAGAGAAUUUUUAAUGUAUGUUUUUAACUGUUUAUUGUGGUUAAUGUUUUGUUAAGAUGUUGAGAUCUAUUAAUUAAUAUUUUAUUUUUUGAAUAAGAAAGUAAAUGAUUAAAUUUAUAGGAUAUCAUUCAUUGAACAAGGUGCUUUAUGUUUCAAUGUUAGUCCUUAGCGAGAGCACAAGCAACCAUACUAAAAUUGAAAGCUAUUGACAAGUGGCUCCUACUCGGCAAUUCAUGGGAAAACUUCUUUUCAAUGAAGCGUAGAAUACUACUAGGAAAUCAAAUAAUGAGCGGGAGAGUGGACAUGGUGUUUUUACUCCAGCUGUUUGAAAGUAGUUUGAGAUUAUAGUGACAAAGAAUUGAAUUAGGUUACAACAAAGAAAAAUUCCCCAUGUUUUUUGGUUGGUUGUUGUGGAAGUUGUGUUUGAAACACAAAUUUGAUAGCACCAAAAUCUCUUUUUGCAAGUAAAGAAAUAGAGAGAUGAUGUCAAAUCUUGCUACUGAGUAGAUCCUUAAAUUCAAACUAGCCAAAAAAAAAAAAAAACACAUUUUAGUGAAGGACAAGCUCGAAGAAAUCUUCUACUAGUCUUUAUAAGAAAAUUUAUGUUGAACAACAAUAAAGAGGGUUUAUGAGGUUGAUUAUAAAAAGUUUAAUUGUGUCUAAAGGUUAAUAAAAAAAUUCGAAGUUUGUGGCUUGAGGUUAUUAAGCUAGUAAAUUAAAAGCUCUGGAGUCGUUAGCUGUAAUUAGUAUCCCCAAACAAUAGUUAGGGGCUGAUUUCUGUUCUUUUAGGUUCUAGGGUUGAAUCAGUGAAACAGGAAAGGAUUGAAGUUUGUCAAAUUGGACAUGUAAAAGGUAGAAAAGGAGUGAAUGAGGUUCGAUUAUGUCUUUUAAGUUUUUAUGGAUGAUAAAGAGAAAAAAAAGUAAAUUGAAGGAAAAAAAAAAAUUCUUGGAAUCAAUUCUGGCGAAAAACAUUAUGAGGUCAGACUUCUAGUAAAUGUAAAUCUAAUAGGACUUGGAUUCCAUAAUAGAAAUCUGAAACUCAGAAACAUUGCUUAGUCUUAGAGCACAUACUGACUAAAAAAAAAAAAAAAAAAUUAGAGCACAUACACAAACAUAAAUACCACAAGUUGACCCUAAGUAAGACUCAUGGACCCCUACUGGGUACUGCAGCUCAUGUCCAACUAAUUUUAAAAUUACUGAACUACACUGGAAUUAUAAAAUGUAAGAGAACAUAAAUAAAAUAGUAGCAGUAAUGAACAAACUUAAAGAUAACAUAAAAUAGGCAGGUUGGGACUUGGGAACAAUGUUAUUAUUAUUUUUGUUAUAUAUAUAUAUAUAUAUGUUGUGGUGGGUCAUGAACAGGGGUGGAGGGAGAGGGGGCUAGGGACAUAAAAUUUUCAAAAUUUUGUUAAGUUUUUUAAACACUUGUCAAAUUAGUGAAUUUGGAAAUAAAAAUAAUUUUGUCUCCUCGAAACUCAUAAAAAAUUCCCCCUUGAACUUUUUUAGCCUUACUUUUGAAGUCCAAAUCUUGUUAAACACUAGUUCCUACUAUAACAUAUUAUUACUAUAUUUGCAUUUACAUUUACAUAUAAUAUAUAAUUUGCCUUCUAUGAGUUCAAGAGAGAUAAAAAAAAGAAAAAAAAAUAAUUUUUAAUAAAAAUAAACGAACCUUUCUUAUAGAACAUUUUGCUUGACGGUUUUUACACAAAAAAGAAUAACUAGAAUUAUUUUUGUCUUAGUGAGUCUUGGGAGCUCUAAGAAGGAGAAAAAUUUAAAGUGUUAUGAGACCAAGAUGACAAAAAUGCCAGCAACAACAAUUAUAUAUAUCAUAUAUGCUAAUAUUUUUAGUUCUCACUCAUUAAAUGACAAAUGCUAUAGCUGCUCCGUGUAUAAGUUAUUAAAAUACUUUUCGAUUUUGUUCUUAUUAAUCGUGUUUUGUAAAAACUUGCUAUUUUUUGUUUAUUUAAAACAAUAUAUUUAAAAAAAAAAAAAAAUCUUCCAUCUAUGUAAUAAUGAUAUAUUUUUCCAAAAUGCAAGUUUAAACGAUUGUUGAAUAAAAACGAUUUAUUUAACAAUAUUUUUCUUUACCACUUCUUGUUUUAUAUUUAAUUUGUUAUUUUAUCUUCUCUAUGUGUUUUUCCUUUUCAUAUAAUUUUUGUCUCUUUUUAUUUAAGUUGUAUGUUUCUCAUUUUUCGAAUUAUAUUUUCCUCAAUAUUACUAAGACUAAUAAAGAAAAAUAUCCUACAAUUGAUUUAUAAUUAUAAUUACAUAGUACUAAUUUGUUCCCCUAAAACGAAAUUUCUAGCUUUGCCCCUGGUCAUGAACAGCUUAUCGAUUGUAUUAGUUUUAAUUUUUCAAAACUUACGAAAAUAUUCCCCACAAUAUAGUGCCAUAACAUGCACUUAUGACAAUUGACGAAAAAUUUCUUCCAAAUUGUAUGUAUGUGAAAAAAAUUAGAUGUAUUGAUGAUAUUGUUUCUACAAAUAAUUAUUUGCAAACACAAGUUCUGGCUCACACUUCCAUAUGACUUGGCUUUUUGGUUGAGUAAAUAAAUGACGUGAAACUUUUAGAUUGUCCUGGACCAUUAACACUUUGUGUACCAGUUAAAUACAGACUCUCAGAUUGAGAAAAUAUCCCCACAAGAGUUUAUUAAUAUAUUAUAAAGGGUCAUGAACGGAGGGUUGUCAUUGAAUUUGUCCACCAAGUGUAAAAUAGACCAGGACCAUCUAAUAAUUUCUCAUAAAUGAUAUGCAAGUAAGCAGAAUAAAAAAGAAGAAGAUUUAGAUUUUGUUUAAAUUUCCCUUUGUUGUUAACUAUUCAUGUACUCUUUCUUGGCCUUUCUGUUUGCAAUUAUGUCUGUUUUCUUUGUUGAACAAAUAACACGCAAGUGCGCAAAAAAAAAAAAAAAAAAAAAAAAAAAAAAAAAAAAAUGGAAAAGAAGGAAAAAAAAGAAGAAAAGGAAGAAGAAGAGAUUUGGAUUUUCUUUGAAUUUCUCUUUGUUGUUAACUUUCAUGUCCUCUCUCUUCGCCUCUGUGUUUGAAAUUGUCUUUUUUCUUUUUUGGUGUAAGUUCUCUCUUUAGCUUGUAUACCCAUCCUUUGCAGGUAUACUUGAUUUCGAGAAACUGUGUAAUUCUACUUGAGAAAUUAAAACAUUUACUGUUUACCUCAGUUCUUGAGGUAAGGAGUGUAGCUACUGGAUAAUGAUGGAUAACAGGUAUUUGGGAGGUACUUUUGGUGGCUUUGCUCACGAAGGAGGGACUUCUUUCCCAGCUUUAACAAGCGAUGAUAACACUGCAACAGCUUAUGAGAAUACAAAGAGUUCAAAUCAGUUGUCUAUCCAUAAGGACAGUGCAGCAAAGAACAAAAGGGUGUCUAAAAUUAUUGGUGGAGGCCUGCGCCAGUUUAGUAUCAUAGUAUGUAAGAAGAUAGAGAGAAAGGGAAGAACCACAUGCAGUGAGGUUGCAGAUGAAAUUGUAGCAGAUUUUACCAGAAUUAACAACAGUUCAGCAGUUUCCUUCAAUGAGUCUGAUGAGAAGAAUAUAAGACGACGAGUAUAUGAUGCAUUGAAUGUCCUUAUGGCACUGGAUAUUAUUGCGAAAGACAAAAAGGCAAUUUGGUGGAAGGGACUUCAGAAUACAGAUGUGAAGGAUUUUGAACAGCUUAAGGCGUUGCAUGUUAAGCUGAUUAAUGGGAUUGGAAAGAAAUCAGCCUAUUUGAAAGAAUUAGAAGAACAAAUUGCAGGUCUCCAAAAUCUGAUGUCACGCAAUCAGCAGUUGAUCAAGUCUGGAUAUGUUCCAUCUGGAGGAUUUUCUUUGCCAUUUAUACUAGUUCGGACAAGCCCUCAUGCUACAGUUGAAAUUGAGAUUUCUGAAGAUAUGCAAUUGGUACACUUUGACUUCAAUAGUACACCAUUUUCCUUGCAUGAUGAUGCUUACAUUCUCAAGUUGUUGCGGUGCUACCAACUUGCGGAGAGUAGACAUGUUUCUCAAAAUUCUUCAGUUCACUCGUCUUCAAGCUCCGAAAUUGCAUGUGGAGGCACUAGACCGUUCUACUGGAAUUCCGAAAUAGAGACAAGGAGGUGAACAAACUUUGGGGUUUAUAAGUAUAGAUUUAUAGGGCAGCUUCAAAUUUUCAUACACAUGUAUCCAUCAUUAUAAUAUCAUAUAUAUGUAUAUAAAGUUUGAUACACAUUUAUCUGUUAUAAUUUUUUUUUCUUGACAAGUUACACACCCAUUGUAAUUUCUAAUGAGAUUUGAAUUCUCGAUCUUUCACUUUGAAAAGUACAUGAGAUAUCAUUAGGCUACAACUCUUGGUGAGAAUAUAUUAUUAUAAUAUUUUAUACAUAUAUACACUGCUACCAGUUUCGUUUUUA